AAACAGAAGGUCACCCAAUUUUUUUUUCCUCUUCUUGGUCUCUGUUUCUGACCGCAGCCAUACCAACAUAAGAAAAAUUUAUUUUAUUUUAAUUUAAAAAAUUAAAUCAUGCUUUGACAAUUGUGUUUGUUCUCUGCCAUGUUUAUAAAUCAAGUAAAAUCCAGCUCGAUCGAGAUGAUUGACGGUGGUUAACGAAGCUUUUCAGGCCACUCUGUUAUAACAGGGGUGAAGCAAUUUAUUUGUUUUGGAGCAACUGAUUAAGCACAAGUUGACUUAUUGAUGGAAUUUGUGUAAAUAUUCUUAUGGACCUGAUUUUUGUGCCAUUGCAUAUGCCGUGAUUCCAGGCUUGUAUUAGGUUGAACUGUUUGCAUUUACUGAGGGAGUGACCAGAUGAAAGUUGAUGGCACCAGGGACAAAGAGUUGCAGGAACUAAAUCAUCAUUUGCAAGAUGGGAGCAAGAGAGAUUUGGUUGCCGGUGAACAAGGACUGCAUGAUGAUGGACAGUUGAAAGACAAAAAGAUUGUUGACAAUGUGCAAGAUGGCUGUGGAGAGACUGCUCAGGCAUCAGCUGUACUGCAAGUGUCACAGCAACGGCCUCAAGGGGCAAUGGUUUGUUGGGAGCGGUUUCUCCAUCUGAGAUCCCUCAAGGUUCUGCUUGUGGAGAAUGACGAUUCCACACGCCAUGUUGUAGCUGCGCUGCUUCACAAUUGCAGUUAUGAAGUUACGGAAGCAGUAAAUGGAUUACAAGCAUGGAAGAUAUUGGAGGAUAUAACCAAUCAUAUUGAUAUUGUCUUAACUGAAGUAGUAAUGCCUUGCUUAUCAGGAAUUGGUCUUUUGUGCAAGAUCAUGAGCCACAAAACACGCAAAAAUGUUCCUGUUAUUAUGAUGUCAUCUCUUGACUCCAUGAGUUUGGUCUUUAAGUGUUUAUCAAAAGGUGCUGUUGACUUUUUAGUGAAGCCGAUACGAAAGAAUGAGCUUAAGAACCUUUGGCAGCAUGUUUGGAGAAGAUGCCAUAGUUCUAGUGGUAGUGGAAGCGAAAGUGGUACACAAACUCAAAAAUCCGUAAAAUCAAAAAGUGUUGAAAAAUCAGACAACAAUACAGGUAGUAAUGAUGAGGAAGAUAAUGAGAGCAUCGGUUUAUAUGUUGGUGAUGGAAGUGAUGAUGGGAGCAGUACUCAGAGCUCUUGGACUAAACAAGUAGAAUUUGAUAGUCCCAGACCCAUUUCACCAUGCAAUCAAGUUGCUGAGUGCCCUGAUAGUACUUGUGCCCAAGUUAUCCACUCAAAUGCUGAAGUAUCUGAUAAUAGGAGGAUCCCCAUGACUGAAGCAAAGGAGUGCCAUGAACAUGAGGAACAACUUGACAAUAUUUCAAUGGGCAGAGACCUAAAUUUAUGUCUGCAUAGAAGUCUGGAUUUACAACUUGAGUACUCAAGUGAGGUUCCAAUCAAACGGGUAGGCACAAAACAAAAUAAUCACCUGGAGGUGGACUCUAGUAGAUUUGUUGAGCCAAUUGAUAGAAGAAAGCUGGACCUCAAUAGCGAGAGUCCAUCCAGCAAAAUGAAAUAUGAAGCUGCUAAUCUGAUAGCUGUCAUCACCAAGAUUACUGAUCCUGAGAAGGACAAUACAGAGUAUGAGGUUCAAAAUAGAAUUUCCAAGAUCCUAGAUAACAACAGUAAUGUGAUCAAGCAUUCCAUAGAACUACCAUCCCUUGAGCUCAGUUUAAAGAGACUUAGAGGAGUUAAAGACAUUGAUGCGACAAUUCAGGUUGACCGUAAUGUCUUGAGACGUUCUGACUCUUCAGCCUUUUCCAGGUACAAUACAGCGUCAAACACAAAUAAGGUUCCUGUUGGUCAUGUUGAAAGCGCUUCUCAGGUUGACAAUAGCCUAGAAGUAGCCAAAAAGGGUGCAGUUUCUGAUAUUCAAUCUCAUUCAAAUGGGGAUAUUCCCAAUCAGUCCUCAAAUGCAGGUAGCAACAACAUGGAUAUGGGUUCCACCACUAAUAAUGCUUUCAUUAAGCCAGUACUUCUGAAGAAUAAGUCAGAAGCUUCAUCCACGUUCAACCGUUUGCAUCAAUCACAUCCCUUCCAGCCUAUGAAAAAUGACUAUUUAUGUGGCCCUUGCCAUGUUGCAUCGGGCAAGGGCCGGAGUGUGAUGGCUACAUCAAGUUUGGCACAACGGAUGGACACAGAUCAAGAACUCCAAAUUCAGCACCUCACUCAGCAUUAUGAUAACUUUCACCAUCUUGUCUACAACAUGCAAAAGCAACAGCUGCUGAAUGACCAUGAUCAUUUAUCAUUAAAGAAAAUGGCUGCAACUGUUCCACAUUGUGGGUCAUCCAAUGUGUUGGGUGGACUCGUUGAAGGUAAUGCUAGAAAUCACAGUGCCAAUGGAAGUGUCUCAGGCAGUAACCAUGGGAGCAAUGGGCAAAAUGGGAGCAGUACUGCAAUGAAUGCUGGAGGGAUGAACAUAGAAAGUGAUAAUGGGGUUGUUGAUAAAAAUGGAAGUGGUGAUGCUAGUGGCAGUGGUAGUGGUAGUGGCUGUAGUAGCAGAGUUGAUCAAAAUAAGUUCAGCCAGAGGGAAGCUGCCUUGACCAAGUUUCGCCAGAAGAGAAAAGAGAGAUGUUUUCGGAAAAGGGUUCGGUACCAAAGUAGGAAGAGGCUAGCAGAACAACGACCUCGCAUUCGGGGACAAUUUGUGCGGCAGAGUGCGAAUGAGAAUACAGUCAGGGAAGCAGAAAGCUAGCCCAACCCUCCUGACACUGCAACGAUUUGAUCUUCUUUUUAUCAACAAAAUGUGACAUCUAGUAAGCGUUUUCCAAGCAUCCAUAGGAAGAAUUUGUUGUUAAAGUUGGUUGAGAAUGCUAUCUAGACAUCUGGAACUGUAUUUUAUUGUUGUGGUCUUCAAUAGUUACUUGACUGUCUUCGGUUAAAACCCUUUUGCUUUGUGUACUUGGUCUCCUUAAACCUGGUAAGACAAUAGAAUGUUUGUAAGACCCUUUUCAUUUUCCUAUGGACUUGUUAGUUUUUAAGAUCUUUCUAGAGGAAUUUAGUUCAUUAUCCUGUUAUUACCAAAUGUUGGAGAAAAUGAGUAGAGUUCAGCUAAUUAUUUUUUAA